AUCUCCCCACUCUUCACGUUUUUUUGCUUCGAUUGGCGUUUUGUGUUACUGUACUAUCAUCAUCUUUUCUACACUACACAAAAAUCUUCAAAUACAUAUAUACAUAUAGGCACACACACACACACACACAACUUUUCCUAAAAUCUGUACACACACACACACACACACACCCAACUUUUCCUAAAAUCGGUUACUUUCUCCGUCUCUAUAUAUAACCUCAUCUUCUUCCUCCCCUGUUCCUCUGUUUAUACUUGAAAUUCUUUUCACCCUUCUGAGACCAAGAAAUGGGUCCAGUGCGUAAUAGUACUAAUACUAACAGUAUUGUUUGUUUGCUUCUUUGUCUUACUCUUGCUGAGAUUGGCGUCUGUGUUUCUGCCAAGGUGUAUGUGGUGUAUAUGGGUAGCAAAGGGAUUGGUGAUGACCCAGAUGAGAUUUUGAGGCAAAACCACCAAAUGCUGACUUCUAUUCACGAAGGAAGUGAUGAACUAGCCAAAGCAUCUCAUGUGUAUAGUUAUAGACAUGGUUUCAGAGGCUUUGCAGCCAAGUUGACAGACCAUCAAGCUUCAGAAGUAGCCAAGAUGCCGGGAGUGGUGUCGGUGUUUCCGAAUACCCGGAGGCGGCUCCACACAACCCAUUCUUGGGAUUUCAUGGGCCUUGUGGGUGAAGAAACCAUGGAAAUCCCAGGGUAUUCCACCAAGAACCAAGUUAAUGUUAUUAUUGGUUUCAUUGAUACAGGAAUUUGGCCUGAAUCCCCAAGUUUUACGGACAGGGGUAUGCCUCGUGUGCCGGCUAGAUGGAAAGGGCAAUGCCAAUCAGGUGACGCAUUCAAUGCUUCAUCUUGCAACAGGAAAGUAAUAGGGGCUAGAUAUUAUCUAAGUGGCUAUGAAGCUGAAGAAGAUCCAGUAAACAUAGUAUUCAGAUCCCCGAGGGAUAGUUCUGGUCAUGGCAGCCACACAGCAUCAACAGCUGCAGGUCGCUAUGUGACAAACAUGAAUUAUAAAGGAGUGGCAGCAGGAGGAGCUAGAGGAGGUGCACCAAUGGCCAGGAUUGCAGUAUACAAGACGUGUUGGGACUCUGGUUGCUAUGAUGUUGACUUAUUGGCCGCCUUUGAUGAUGCAAUUAGAGACGGGGUUCAUAUCUUGUCUCUGUCUCUGGGACCUGAUGCUCCUCAGGGCGAUUAUUUCAAUGAUGCUAUUUCUGUUGGGUCAUAUCAUGCUGCUAGCCAUGGAAUAGCAGUAGUUGCAUCGGUUGGAAAUGAAGGCAGGCAGGGGUCUGCAACAAAUCUUGCUCCGUGGAUGAUCACUGUCGCUGCUAGUUCAACUGAUAGGGAUUUUACAUCAAACAUCGUACUGGGAAAUGGCAGCAACUUCACGGGUGAAAGUCUUAGUCUAUUUGAAAUGAAUGCGCCAACAAGGAUUAUUCCUGCUUCUGAAACCUAUGCAGGGUACUUCACUCCUUACCAAUCCAGUUAUUGUUUAGAGAGUUCUUUGAAUAGCACCAAGGCCAGAGGGAAGGUUCUUGUAUGCCAACAUGCUGAGAGUUCAGCAGAGUCAAAGCUGGCGAAAAGCAUGAUAGUUAAACAAGCUGGUGGAGUUGGGAUGAUUCUUGUAGAUGAAGCAGAUAAGGAUGUUGCUAUUCCCUUUGUCAUCCCAGCAGCUAUUGUUGGAAAGCUGACAGGGAAUAGGAUCCUAUCUUAUAUUAAUCAUACGCGCAAGCCGAUGUCUAGGAUUUUUUCUGCAAAGACUGUAUUGGGAUCCCAACCUGCUCCUCGGGUAGCAUCUUUUUCUUCAAGGGGUCCUAAUGCCUUGACCCCGGAAAUUUUGAAGCCUGAUGUCGCAGCUCCUGGAUUGAAUAUUCUCGCAGCAUGGUCUCCAGCAAAUAAACAAAUGCAAUUUAACAUUCUCUCUGGAACUUCCAUGGCCUGCCCACAUGUAACAGGAAUUGUGGCCUUGAUCAAAGCUGUGCAACCAUCAUGGUCUCCAUCUGCAGUCAAAUCCGCGAUCAUGACUACUGCUACAAUUUUGGAUAAGAGUCACAAACCUAUCACGGCUGACCCCGAAGGAAGAAGAGGGAAUGCUUUUGACUAUGGCGCUGGCUUUGUCAACCCGAGAGAAGUCCUUGACCCCGGUCUCAUCUAUGAUGCAAAGCCAUCAGAUUAUAAGGCAUUCCUUUGUUCAAUUGGUUAUAGUGAGAAGUCACUGCAUCUGAUUACCAGAGACAACAGUACUUGUGAUCAAACAUUAGCAACACCAUCUGGCCUUAAUUAUCCAUCCAUCACAGUGCCCAGCCUCAAGGACAAAUUCUCAGUGAUCCGAACCGUGACCAAUGUUGGGAACCCAAGAAGUAUUUACAGAGCAACAGUGUCUGCUCCAAGGGGAAUCAACGUCACUGUGGUGCCCCCGCAAUUAAUCUUCAAUGGCUAUGCUCAGAAGAUCAAAUUUACUGUGAAUUUCGAGGCGGCUAACCCAUCGGAGGGCUAUGCAUUCGGGUUCUUGUCGUGGAGGAGCAGAAAAACACGGGUGACCAUUCCCCUCAUUGUCCGGGUCACACCUUCCAAGUUGGGGCUACUGAGAUAACAGACUGAAACUGGAGAAGCAAGCUUUUAGGAGUUUCCAAUGCUUAUAUAUACUACAAGCAUAGAAAAUGAAAUGGCAAUGAAGAAAUUGAAAAUGAAGAUCAAUAUUCACAUCUAUCCUAGUUUAUAGGCUUUUUCUUGUUGGAGCUGGAAAGCAAUGAAAUCACUUCUUAAAUUUUGUUAAAGAAACCAACAUACUACCUGUGAAUAUAAAUUCAAGAUUUGUUUUUCCGUA